GGCGGCGCGAUGGGGAACGAGCGUUGGAAAACCGUGGGAGGAGCCUCGCAACUUGAGGAUGGGCAGCAGGAGAAAUCACAGAGGAUGAGCUGUGGCUACAUCCUGUGCACCGUGCUGCUCUCGGUGGCCGUGCUCCUGGCGGUGACAGUCACGGGGGCCAUCCUCUUCAUGAACCACUACCACACGCCCGUCACCGAGCCGCCCCCCGUCAUCAGCACCAACCCCGAGGAGGCCAACGCGCUGGUGACCAUCGAGAAGGCCGACAGCUCCCGCAUCAACAUCUUCAUCGACCCCAACUGCCCCAGCGCCGCCGGCGCCCUGGGCCGCCUGGAGGGGCUGCAGGGCUCCCUGCUGCACGCCCUCACCGAGCACGACGCCGACGCCAAGGCCACCAAGAGCCAGCAGAAGGCCCUGCUGGUGACGGUGGCGGACGAGGUGGCCAAGCUGCUGAGCCACGCCGUGCAGCUCCGUGCCGACUGUGACGGGCUCAAGAAGGGGCACAGCGCCAUGGGCCAGGAGCUCAGCGCCCUGCAGGGAGAGCAGGGCAGGCUCAUCCAGCUGCUGUCGGAGAGCCAGAGCAGCAUGGCUCGGCUGGUGAGCUCUGUCAGCGACGCCCUGGACUCGCUGCAGAGGGAGCGCGGCGGGGCCCGGCCCCGGCUCAAGGCUGACCUGCAGCGAGCCCCGGCCAGGGGAGCCCGGCCCCGGGGCUGCUCCAACGGCUCCCGGCCCCGAGACUGCUUUGACAUCUACGUGAGUGGACAGCAGGAGGAUGGGAUUUACUCCAUCUUCCCCACCCACUACCCUGAUGGCUUCCAGGUCUACUGUGACAUGAGCACGGAUGGGGGCGGCUGGACGGUGUUCCAGCGGCGGGAGGACGGCUCCGUGAACUUCUUCCGUGGCUGGGAAGCCUACCGGGACGGCUUUGGGAAGCUGACAGGAGAGCACUGGCUGGGGCUGAAGAGGAUCCACCUGCUGACCGUGCAGGGCAGCUACGAGCUCCGCAUCGACCUGGAGGACUUCGACAACGGCACCGCCUUCGCCCACUACGGCAGCUUCGGGGUGGGGCUCUUCUCCGUGGACCCCGAGGAGGACGGGUACCCCAUCACCAUCGCCGACUACUCAGGGACAGCAGGUGACUCCUUCCUGAAGCACAACGGGAUGAAGUUCACCACCAAGGACCUGGACAACGACCACUCGGAGAACAACUGCGCCUCCUUCUACCACGGCGCCUGGUGGUACCGCAACUGCCACACGUCCAACCUGAACGGGCAGUACCUGCGGGGCCACCACAGCUCCUACGCCGACGGCAUCGAGUGGUCCUCCUGGACCGGCUGGCAGUACUCGCUCAAGUUCACCGAGAUGAAGAUCCGGCCCAUCCGCGAGGAGAAUUAGCUGAUGGCAUCAGCGCCCGGUCCCCUGCCCCUCCCCAGCACCCUGCAGACCCAAUCCCUCAGCUGCCAUCCUCCUCAUCCUCUCCGAGGGCUUGCCCACCUCUGAGGGGCUCAUGGGGAGCACCUGCUGCCAGUGAGGGUGACUUUGGCUCCUGGGCACCCUGAGAGUUGUCAGACCUUUGCUUCCCACUGCCAUGACCAGGUGUCCUGGCCGGAGCGUGACC